CUCUGGAGGCUCACAGGCGUAGCAGCUCCCCCACGACGUCAGCUCCCACUCCAACUUCCGCCGAAAGUGUGACCAGGGGGUCGAAGUGUGUCGUACAGUUCCGUCAGAUAACACUCCAACUCCACGAGAAUAAUAUGGCUCACUUCAACUGAGCUCGUGAUACUUGCAUUUUUGCAAGCAACUUACCGUGUACACAUCCCGAAAUCCCAACAGUAGGACGAGAUAUCUUUCUGCUUCCCGGAGGAUUGUUAUUCAAGACCGCCAUCCGCCUGUCAUUCUCCUCCACCGACGUAACAGAUGCGCCCCGCGGUUGGCUGAAGCGCUGCUGCUUUGCCGUAAUUCUACCCAAAUAUCGCAAGACCAUCACAUCACUUUAUUGCCAAUCUUUGAGCCAGAAACAAGCCCAGCACCGCUUCGCCAUCUCACCACCGAAGCUCCUUUAAGACCUCCCCUACCAUGUCGACGCCCAAUAGGGAUCCUCCUCCCGUCCAGUCUCCUCCAUCCACCGCCGCCUCCUCCAGUCGAUCAAGUCUGGACGCACAAUCACCCACCGGCCCUGGCACUGGCACUGGCACCGCGCGGACCCCUUCUCUACGCAUCCCCUCCAGCGCCGCCGCCCAACAUCGCCAGACUUUUAACGAACUACGAGGCCACCCUCCCUCGCCACGAUCGCAGCGACAACCUUCCAUUUCGCAGCUCGCCGUCCAAGAACUCAUUGACAACCCUCCAAUGCAGAACCCCGACCCCAAGUUCGCCGGCCGCGACUGGACCACGAUCAAGGUCAAAGAACUGAUAGAUCCAGCCGACCUGCGGUUUGUGGAUAUUGACAGUGCCGUGGAAACGGCCACAAAGGUCCUUGUCGACUCAGGAGCACCCGCGAUUCUUGUCCGAGAAAAUGAUGGCUCCAAGGUGGUGGGGACGUUCGACUACCGGGACCUCAAUGCAUACCUUUUGCUGGUUGUGGGAUUGAUCAAGCCGGACGACGAUGACAAGGCAGAAGAGCUGGAGAGGCUGGCGCAACAGGCACGAGAAGGAAAAGCCAUGCAUCUGCGCGACAUCAAAGACCUCAGCAAGAAAGAGCCCUUGACGUUCCUGAGCGAGGAAUCCGACCUCAUCAAAGCGGUGGAAACGUUUGGCAAAGGUGUCCAUCGUGUCGUCGUGAUCAACGAAACCACCAAAGAGACAACGGGGGUUCUCAGUCAAGUCCGACUGAUCAAAUUUCUCUGGGAUUAUGGGAGGAGCUUCCCGGUGUUGGAUCAGCUGUAUACGCAGCAUCUCCGCGAUCUCAAGAUUGGUUCCAAAGAUGUGGUUGCGAUCAAUGGCGACCGACCUCUUGCAGAAGCCCUCAUCCUGCUAUGGACCGAAGGCGUCUCGUCUCUACCCGUCGUCGACCACAACUACAACGUCAUUGGCAACAUCUCCAACUUCGACGUCAAAUUGUUGACCAAAUCCACGUCUCUGCCUCUGCUGCGCAACACAUGCAUCCACUUCAUCACCGUCAUCCUAUCCACACGAGGCAUGCACGAAGGCAAAGACUCGUUCCCCGUGUUCCACGUCACCCCGCUGUCGACGCUGGCAUACACCGUUGCAAAACUCGUGGCCACCAGAUCGCACCGUCUUUGGAUCACGGAUCCCACGUCACCGCUCUCCUCGGGCCCGCCUACACCCUCGAUCCAUUCUUCCACGCUGGCACCGACUUCAAGCCAUUCAUCUUCCAUUUCGGCGGCCAGCGGAGUCCCCGCUGCAGCUGCUGUGUCCUCUCCUUCCGAUCAGUCACCGUUCAUUACGCCCAGCGGACCCAGCAUUUCGGCCUCUUCUUUACCCGGUGCACGGAUUUCCGGCCGUCUGGUCGGCGUCGUCAGUCUCACCGACAUUCUGAUCCUCUUCGCCCGUGCAAGCGGCAUGGGCGAGGUCGCCGACCCCAACGAAAUUCGCAUGAGGCGUCGUCGCAGCAGUUCGAGCAGUGUGAGGAAGAGUUUUGACCUGGGCCCACGUCCAUCCUUGUCUGGAGCAGGCGGCGUCGGUAUCCCGCGCCGCGGGUCGGGUGAGUAUUCCAGGUCGAGGAGGAGCAGUUUGGCCUCGGCCUCGGCCACGUCGCCACGGGUCGCCUCGCCGAACAAUAACAAUACCAAUCCCAAUACUACCGGCAAUGGUGCGGGAAAGUGAUAAGUGACAAGUGAUAAAGUGAUAAAAUACUAGGCGUUGCACGCAUGGUGUCGUUGUUUUUAAACCAAGUCUAGAAAGGGUGGAUGGGAAAAGAAAAGAAAUGGAACGCUUUGGACGAGAUAGGCAGGCCCGCACGACAGAGACAGAGAGUGAGCCAGAGCGAGGAGUGACGGAGUGAAGGACCCAGGAAACGUAUGACCAAAAAGCGCACCCUGACCAGGGGACGUACUCGUAGGGUGAGGAUGAUGGAGAGCACUGAGGCUGCUAGCACUAUCUCGGAGUUCAAGUUGUAUGAUUCGGGUUUGCAUUACUUAGGUAGUCCAUAAACGGAGUGAACCGAGCCAGUCCUAGGUACCUAGACAUACAGGGACGAAAUACACUGAUGAACAAGAUACCAUCAGUAGCAAAACUUCCAACUCCG